UUUAAAGAAAAGCCUUUACAACAGCAAGCAUGUAUAUGUUCUUCAUUUUAAAUGAUAAUAUAUGUCUAGUGUAGCAGUAAAUACCCCAUCUAUUUGAUCAAGUCUUUUUUCUUUUUCUUCUUAUAUCUUUAUAUAGAAUGAAGAGUAAAUAUACUAUUGAAGAAGUAGCUAAACAUGUCGUUGAUGAUGAUUGUUGGAUCGUUAUUCACGAUAAAGUGUAUGAUGUAACAAGCUUUUUAGAAGACCAUCCAGGAGGGAAAAAGGUUUUAUUAAAAGCAGCUGGAAUGGAUGCUUCUAAACAAUUUGACGCAUUCCAUAAUCCAAAUAUUCUGAAAGGACUUGCAGUAAAAUAUGAAAUUGGACAACUUGUUACUGCAGAUACUCAAGAAGAAACUUUAAACGAUGAAUUAAAUGAACAACAACAACAAGAGGAAAACGAAGAGCCUAAUGCAAACCCUUUAAUUGUGAAUGAAACUUUUGGUGAUAUGGUACCCUUUGGUGAUCCUAUGUGGUAUCAGGAUUGGUACAGCCCUUUCUAUAAUGAUACACAUAGAAAACUUCGUAAAUUUGUACGUGAUUUUGUUGAAAUAGAGAUUAUGCCUAACUGUCAUGAAUGGGAUGAAGCAAAACAAAUCCCAAAGGAUAUGUUUAUCAAAGCUGCAAAGGCGGGUAUAUUAGCAGCUGUUGUAACGCAUGAUGUAGGUCAUACAAAACUCCCCUUUGGUCUUCCUGCUGGUAUUGAACCUAAUCAAUGGGACAGUUUUCAUUCGCUUAUUGUUAUUGAUGAACUUGCUCGUUGUGGUUCUGGAGGUGUUCUUUGGGCAUUAUGCGGUGGUUUAGGAAUAGGUCUUCCUCCUAUUUUACACUUUGGUUCUCAAUACCUCAAAGAUAAGGUAGUAGAUGAUUGCUUAUCGGGAAAAAAGUUCAUCUGUUUAGCUAUUACAGAACCUGUAGGGGGGUCUGAUGUUGCUGGUCUUCAAACGGAGGCUAAAGAUAUGGGGGAUUACUACCUCCUAAAUGGUGAAAAGAAAUGGAUUACAAAUGGUGUCUUUGCUGAUUACUUUUGUGUUGCAUGCCGUACAGGUGGUCUAGGUUAUGGUGGUAUCUCCUUUUUGUUGGUCGAACGUGAUAGCAAGGGGCUUUUGACACGACACAUGAAAUGCACAGGUGUUUGGCCAUCAGGAACGGCUUAUGUUACCUUUGAAGAUGUCAAAGUUCCUAAACAAAAUUUGAUUGGCAAAGAAAAUAAGGGGUUCAAGUAUAUCAUGUGGAAUUUUAAUAGUGAGAGAAUGGGAAUUAUUAUUCAGGCAAAUCGAUUUGCUCGAGUUUGUAUUGAGGAAUCAAUCAAGUAUGCAAAUAAAAGAAAAACGUUUGGAAAGAAAUUGAUUGAUCAUCCAGUGAUUCGAAAUAAAAUUGCUCACAUGAUUAGACAAGUAGAGGCAACUCAUGCAUGGAUGGAAAUAUUAACAUAUCAAGCCACUAAAAUGCCCUUUCAAUUGUUGCCCCUAAGAUUAGGUGGACCUAUUGCACUUUGUAAAGCUCAAAGUACACAAACAUUUGAAUACUGUGCUCGUGAAGCUUCACAAAUCUUUGGUGGUUUAGCUUAUACUCGUGGUGGACAAGGUGAAAAGAUUGAAAGAUUAUAUCGUGAAGUACGUGCAUAUGCUAUUCCUGGUGGUUCUGAAGAAAUUAUGCUUGACUUGGGUGUAAGACAAUCUAUGAAAAUAGGCUCCUUUAUGGGUGCUAAAAUGUGAAUACACCAUUAUAUAUUAUUAUUUAUAAAGAAUGGUCGCUUAAUGUGACUUUGGUCUAUUAUUAUAAUAAAAUGAAACUAUGACUAUAACAAAUUUAA